CUCUCUCUCUGUCUCUCUCUCUCAGAAUUCUCGCAUUUUCUCAGUCUGCAAACUUCUUUUCGACCUUGAUAUAAUCGAUUCUUCGGGAUCAGUCGGGAGUGGAAACUUUCCCAUGGCCAUGACUCGAGGUAGGAGCGAAAGGAUUUGAGAUUUUGCUUCGUCAAUGGCGUCGCGUCAGUUCAUCCCCCAUUCAGUCAACAAUCGGGUUUGCGCUUCUCCCUCUGCUCAUGUUGUCCGCCAUCGACAUUCCAAAACGGUGACAUGUCUGCACAGGAUUCUGCGCAUAAUCUCUUCCUUCCCACCCCCCACUGAAUCCCCCAAAUCGGAGCUGUCUUCGAGUUUGAGAGGUGGAAGUCGUUUGGCUUUGUUCGAUGUUGACUUGAACCUUCGAUUUGGCUCGCCUGUUUCGACCCCAUUAGAAACGGUAGAGACCGAGUGUUCGCCGGAGAAUGCCGGCGCUGAGAGGAGCUCGGUCGCUGAAUGUCAAUGUGAUCUCACUGGAAUAAACUUGCUCGGAAGUGGCAUAGAAGCUGAUGUUUUGGGGGGAAAAGCACUAGAUGUAUCGGAGAUCACGACGACGGAAGUUCCGUGCCUGGAGAUGAACGGCGAUCAGUCUCCAGUCGUCUCGAGCAAGGCCGAAGAAGCCGGAGAAAAAGAGCACCAACCAGAACCGGACCGGCACGAAGGCUGUCUCCAUUUGCUCGUCGAAGCCGUGAAAAUCAUCUCCGGCGAGUUCAAAGACAGCGAAUCGGAGCCGAAGCAACCGCAUCGGAACGGCGAACUCGGCCGCGAGUUUCGCGGAAAGCGGAGAACGACGUCCGGUGAAUCCGACGGAAGGGAAUCGAAACGGCGGAAGCUUAACUACGGUUGGACGGUGAACCUGUACGCCGACUUGGAGGAUACAUCGCCGAUCGUUAGAACGAAGCGAGGGCGGAGGCAGGCGCUACCGCUCAAAUACAGAGACUCGGUCCUCGAGCCACUGGAACCAUUAUCGCGGCAUCGAUCAAGAUUUGUGGCUUUGUUACAGAGAUUUCUCGUUUGAAAAAAAGAAAAGAAUGAAAGAAAAGAUCAUUAAUGGUUGUGGCAGAGCUACAUGAAACAGGGAAACCAGGAUUUAUUUGGGAUACAACGACCGCCUGGAAACCCACGUCCCCACAUGAAUAAGCAAGCCCAUCAAACUGUCUGCUGCUGUUGCCUGCCUUGCCACCUAUGAAAAGGACUGCCAUUUUUCUUCUCAUGUCAUGGCCCAAGCAAGAAAUCAAUUUUGAGUUCACUGAGUUUUAUUUUUUAUUUUUUCAACUCAUUUAAUGUUUAAUAAAUUUUAAUAUUUCAUAUUGUUGAUUUAAUUUAAUGAUUAUAGAUCACUUCACUGUAACAAGUCCGUCCGUGGCCCAAACACCAAAUAGAACGCCGCCGCCGCCGCCGGCCCCCUUGGGUCGUGACUGCUCUUAUUAUCUAAUUUUGGAAUUUCAAAUUGGUAUAGUAUGAUUAGUAUCACUUAUAUUAUGGUCGCCGCCGCCGUCAUGAGCUUCUUAAAUUUGUCCUUCCACGCAAAUAAGUAUCUUAAAUUUUAUUAAAUAAUGAUGUGACCAUUUUAUUCUUAAUUAUUAUUAUUAUUAGUUAGUUACAAGGUUUGCUUAACACAUGAAUGUAAAUAAAUUGAAGUCGUCUUAUAUACAAGGUUUGUUAUAAAAAACACGCACGCCCAGAGUUACAACAAAAAAUACAACUUGAAAUUCUUUAAUAUUUAGAAGAAAAAAAAAAAGCAUGUGUAUU